CCCCCUAAAUUUGGGAUCUCCCCUCCCCGCACCGGGAAUCUCAGGCCAAGAUGCUGCUGCUGCUCCUGGUGCUGAGCGUGGCCCCCGCCCGUGGCACCGUCCACACCAACCUCACCGAAGGCUGCCAGAUCAUCCACCCGCCGCGGGACGGAGGGAUCCGCUACCGGGGCCUGACCCCCGAGGAGGUGCAGAGCGUGCGGUUCCUGCCCUUCGACUACGAGAUCGAGUACGUGUGCCGGCCCGACCGCGAGAUCGUGGGGCCCAAGGUGCGCAAGUGCCAGCGCGACGGCACCUGGACCGCCAUGGCGCACCCCAGCCGCUGCCUGCGGACGUGCCCCAGGACGCACCUGAGCCUGGAGAACGGGCGGGUGGUGCCGCGGGGGCUGGAGCGGGUGCCGGUGGAGGGCACGUGGGCCGAGUACAGCUGUGAGCCCGGCUUCCGCCUGGUGGGCAGCGCCCGCAGCAACUGCACCAAGCUGGGCCGCUGGAGCCACCCCAAACCCGUCUGCGAGCUUCGUCGCUCCCCUCAGGUGAGUCUGACCCUUCCCCACACUGAGCCCCCUCCCCCUUUAUUCCCCUCUGGGACCACCAAAACUCUUCCCUGA